AUGACCUGCUGGGCUGCCUCCACUGCGGCCUGGCGCAUCUUGUUCAUGUCCUCCUCCUUCUCCGUUCUGAGCGUGCUGAUCUCCGUCUGCAGCGUGGUCACGGCGGCCUGGAAGUUCCUCAUGUGGUGUUACCUGCUGAUGAGGCUGCGCAGCGGCCCUCGGAGGGGUGGCUGCUACAUCUGCCUGUGCGCGAGGGAGUGGUCGCUGCAGUUGAGGCCACUGAUGCCUUUCCUGGCGACUGAGGUGUCGGAGCUCUAUGUCCUGGUCGAAAGUGUCAUGCGGGACCAUCUGCCUCGGACGCACCAGGGUGCCGACUCCUCGCUGAUCGUGGUCCUCUGCGCCGCGGCGGUGGUGGUGAUGCUGGCCUACCCCGCCUGGCUCUCCUGGAGGAGGAGGAACGACGUGGGCAGAGAGCCGUCGUGGUCGAUCUUCUUGCUGUGCUGCUGCAUCAUCGCUUGGGUGCUUGCGGCGGUGCUCGGCUCCAUCAACUAUGGUCUUUCGGCCGAGCUGCGCGAGUACGAAAAGCUGGAUUACUACGUUGACGUCGACGCAAGCAAGUCGAUUGGUCAAGGGGUCCAGGACGCUGGCCGUGUUUUCUUCUUGCCGGGCGCGCACCUGGACCUCAACAAGUCCAUGAGUUUCAUGAGCUCCACGAACUACUGCGUAGCACCAGUGGUAUCCGGAGACGCACUGGGAGCUGGCUACGACUUCUGGGCGGUCGGCACGGAGUGUUGCGGGACGCAGGAGGGCAUCAACUACACGUGCGGAGACUACAACAGCCCGAAUGCCGCUGCAGGGCUGCGGGAUCUGGACGAGUCGGCCAAGGUGUACUACCGCCUCGCGGUUGAGGCGGCGGAGGCUGCGUAUGGCAUCUCCGUGGCGCACCCUGUCUUCUUGAUUUGGACCUGCCGUGUGCGGAUAGAUGAGGCAGUGGAAAUAUGUAGAGAUUGCCGGCAAUCUUUCCAGAGUGCGAUGUGGGAGAAGUUGGGAGAGGAGCAGUCCGCGCUUGGAGACCCCUGCCGCACUGUUGGUUGGCGCUGA